UUUAAUUGAGGUAUCCCUCCAUCAUCACUUGCUGGUCAAAUGAUGUGAUUCGUGUUUUGUCCCAGCAGUGUGUCUGGUUGUGAAACAAGGGUCGGACCGAAUGUCCAGUUAUUGUUGAGAUUUUACACACAUGCAGAUCUAAAAUGAAGUCGAUAAAUAGUCUACAUGAACCGAAAGGCAGAAGAUGACGUCAUCUUUGGUAUUAAGGAGUAUAAUGUGUCACCGUAAUUCGAUAGGUAAAUUAUCAAAUGGAGAAAUAAAGACAUGAGAAACAGUUACAAAUGGUGAUCUAAAAUCUCAUUGCGCCAUGAAGGAAAUACUUAUUGUUAAUAUUUGUUUGGCUGUGUUGUGGUCCGCACCCAUCAAUACAGAGGCAUUUUAUACCGUGUACAAUGUAAGCAGUGAGAAUCAACCUCUAACUCAAAUCACCAUGGAUACACAAAAUGGAGAUUUGUAUGUCGGAGGCAAAAACUUGGUCCUACAUUUUGAUGAAGACUUAGAUGUUGUGCAGGAACAUAUUCUUGGACCAGUGCUGGACAACAGUGACUGUCCUCCGUCACCUUUGACCUGCAGUAAAGUUCGAACUAUGACACCAAAUCAUGUCCGUGUCUUGGAAAUUAAUGACCAAAAAGAUUUUAUACUCAUGUGCGGUUCAGCCAAUCAGGGACUGUGUUCCUGUCUCUUCCUCAACGAUAUUUCAUCCAAUCAUACUCUGGUUGCAACGGCCAAUGUGAAUUAUAUCGGAACUACAUCUCGUUCCACAGUUUCCGUGGUAUUUGGAUCUCCUAAUCAGCACUCUGGUAGUACAGAAAAAGUCCUUUAUGUCGCCAUGGGAAUGGACAAAAGAGAUUUUAAGUUUCGCCCGAAAAUUAUGUCAACACGAGAGUUUAACUAUGUUGAUUCAUCCUGGAGUCUGCUGUAUUACGUACAUGAUAAAACAUACGGGACAUACUUAACAGCAGACGACUCUGUCCAAGAUUUAUUCCAGUCGUUCUACAUCUAUUCAUUUGAGUAUGGAGACUACGUAUACCACAUCUCUGUACAAAUGAGGGACCCAUUCGGUAAUCAGACAGAAAACAACGUUUUUGUAACCAAAAUAAUACAAAUAUGUAAAAACGAUGUAGCGUACGCUUCCUACACGGAACUCCCUUUACAGUGCGAACAUGAUGGUAAAAUAUAUGAGAUUGCAACUGAUGCAUUUCUUGCAGAAGCACCGAAGCUACUCUCAAUAUGGGACAAAAAGUUGUUCGUUACAUUUGGUGUUAACAGACAACUUAAUCCUAAUCCAGACGAAAAAGAGGGAUCCGUCAUGUGCUUUUUUGAUUUUACUGAAAUAAUUGGGAACCUUUCAGUUCUUCAAAAAGACUGCUUUUUGGGAAAUGCCAUACAGCCAGCCUGGGUGUACGGUAGAAGACUGGCCGCCCCAAAUAUGUGUGCGGCCAGUAAUUUAGGCAGAAACAAAGAGUUCUGUGGAAGUUCGAGUAACAUCGGUAUUCAAAACUAUCGACAAGAACAUCGUGUACGGAGUAUGGCUACCGCAUACAUACCCAACAAUGUGUUGACAUCUGUUGCCGUGGUUACCCAGGGCGAGGCUACAGUGGCUGUACUGGGAACGCAUACUGGCCAUUUGCUUAAAACUAAGGUUGAUGAGGAUCACAGACAAAUGGAGCCUUAUAUGGACUUGGACCUCACAGGAAACACCAACAUUCCUGUACAACAGGACAUGCAGAUCGAUUCUAGUGAGGACCAUGUGUAUGUCCUAGCCAGUAGACAGGUGGUCAAAUUCCCCCUUCGUACAUGUGAAGUUUACAGCACGUGUGAGACGUGUGUAACAGCAGACGACCCUCUAGUGUGUGGAUGGUGUGUGGACCGUUGUACAAAGAAAACAGAGUGUGUCAAACCGACACGGAACCUGGGCAUCCAGACCACAUGGAGCCUGGACAUCUGUUCUCCUAUCAUACACUCCAUCGACCCAGACACUGGUCCGUUUGAGGGACAAACACCUAUCACCAUCCACGGCCACAACUUCGGGUCAAUUCAUGCUCAGGAAUGGCAGGCUCGUGUAGGCAACUUGGAAUGUGCAGUCAGCUACAGAAACUUCACAAGUCUAGUCUGCAUUGCUCCACCAGUGAUGAUGGCUGAAUCAGUACCUGUGUCUGUGAACAUUUCUGACGACACCAAAACAGGAAUCAAGUAUAAAAUCGAGGGGACUUAUUCUCUGUCAACAGCUCUCUUCAACUACAAGUCGCCAAAGAUGGCCAACUUUACACCCAGUUUUGGACCAAUGUCUGGCGGAACAAUCGUGGUUAUCAAGGGAGAUAACCUAGAUAUUGGGAAGGACCGUUCUGUGAGGGUAGCCAAUGUUCCUUGCAUUCUGAAGAAUCACAACGUGACCAUGAUUAUCUGUGAGACGACAGCCUGGACACCAGGAGGGUCCGGACGAGUGGUGAGCGGCCCGGUGGAGGUCACUAUAGACGGGACCAAGUUCCCCAUCUAUGCGGAUUUUACCUAUAUGACCGAUUCUACCAUCUCUAAUGUGUCCCCACCACGAUCUAUUGCCAGCGGUGGUAUCAAUCUGACAGUGACGGGGACAAAUUUACACAUCGUGGCUGAUCCUCAGAUAGGAGUCACAAUUGUCAAGACCCAGAAGACACCUCCCACCAAGAAAUGUAAAGCUUCUGCUAAUGGACACACAAUGUACUGCCGAUCAGUAAACAUCACCGGCUAUGUUGAUGGGCAACUUCCUGUCCGGUCCGAGGAUUAUCACAUUUGGUUCAAAAUGGAUGGCAUCGAGGAACUUGGCCAGAAGAAUUUUGUUGACCAGGGAUGGGCAAUAUUUCGAUAUUAUCCCGAUCCUAACUUCUACAAGUUUAGUGGCAGUGGACAUUUGCGUUACAUGGACAUCACCGAGACGAAGUUGGACAUUAAGGGAGAGCACCUAAACCUGGGAAUAUCUGUCAGGGAUAUGGCCGUCAGGGUCGGGACAGAUGGUGUGUGUAACAUCACCAAGCUGCAGGACACUGUCAUGCACUGUACCCUACAUAACAAGCCUGCCAAGGCUUCACCGCAGAAAUACCGUGUUACGGUCACAGCUGGUGGGAUAGAGAAAGAUAUUGGAUUCCUGGUUUUCACCUUGACAGAGGAGACUACCCCAAUCAUGACCAUCAUCCUCGUCGUGGCCCUCGUCGUUGUCAUCGUUCUUAUCAUUAUCUUAGUAAUCAUUUUGAAGAAAAAAUAUAUUUAUCCGUUCAAAAAGCCAUCAGAUUCCUACAUGGCCCAGUAUCAGUCCGUCCGCACGGACGCUAACGGCCAGAGGGUAACGGAUAUUCAGAACCGAGCAAAUGACUAUGCAGAACAGCGGAUGUCGGAGAGCGGAGCAGCAGCCUCCCUUCUGUCGGGUAUCGAUGAUGACACACUGUUGGUUCUCCGAGACAAAAACCUUCUAAUAGAGCGAGAGUGGCUCACUCUUGGGGAGAUCCUUGGGAGAGGUCACUUUGGCUGUGUACACAUGGGCUAUCUGACUUUCCCUGACACAAAAGGAGACACGCUGGUUGCAGUCAAGACAUUACACAAUGACAGUCCAAGAGAAAUUGAUGUGCAGAGUUUCCUUGAGGAGGCCAUGCGUAUGAAAGACUUUCACCAUGAUAACGUACUGACCUUGACUGGAAUCUGUUUCGGAAUGGAUGACAUGCCCUUGGUUGUGCUGCCAUAUAUGAGCCAUGGUGAUCUCUUAUCCUAUAUACGCAACGCCCAUAAUAAUCCAACAAUCAAAGACUUGAUUGUGUAUGGAAUAGACAUAGCACAGGGAAUGGACUACCUCUCUGGACUUAAGUUUGUUCACAGAGAUCUGGCCGCCAGAAACUGUAUGUUGGAUGAGAAUUUUAAGGCCCUAGUAGCUGACUUUGGUCUGUCCAGGGACAUCUAUGAGCGGGACUACUACAGCAGUGACAACAAAAAGAGUAAACUACCGGUCAAAUGGAUGGCCCCGGAGAGUCUUGAGAAGGGCAACUAUAACUCAAAGUCUGAUGUGUGGUCCUACGGUAUCUGCCUGUGGGAGCUGAUGACAAGGGGAGUUAACCCUUACCCAGAGGUCGAUAACUGGGACGUGUUGAGAUACAUCAAGGCGGGUAGAAGGAUGCCACAGCCUCCAUUCUGUCCCGAUAGUCUAUACAAAAUCAUGAAAAAGUGCUGGAUGUUUAAUCCCAAUGAUCGUCCCACCUUCUCAGAACUGUCUCACGGAGUACGUGAGAUGGUCACUAUUUUACAGCAUCAGAUGAGACAGGGACAGCAGCGAAGUGAUAUACAAAGUACCUACGUGAAUGUAGAAACUGCGACCGAUUAUCACUAUGGCGACGCCUGCCAGGCGGCCGUCAUGACAACUGAUGCCUCAGAACACAUUCCACCAGCAGAAACAAACACUACCAUGACAUAGUCGCAGAGCUCAAUAGUCGUACUAGUAAUAAGUCCAUACAAAUGUAAUUUUUUUUUUUAAACUUUUGUAAUGCUAUAAAAUGUAUAUAUUUUUAUUAUGUCAUGGACUUUUUUUAAAGUUUUAAACAUGUGUUCAGGAAACAUGUGUGUAAGCUUGACAAUACCUGCCCAGAGUGUGUGGACUUUUUGGUCUUAAAUAUGUCUUAGUGAAAUACAUGAAGCAACCUCUUUACUGUUUGUAUCAUUUUUGUGAUGAAUAAGAUGAACAACUGAUUUGUUCGAAAUGAAAUUUUAUUGUAUGCACACCUUCAACUUAUUCUUUUGUACUUAAAAAGAAAAAAAUGUUUAAAAAACAUACUACUUGCUAAAAUAAUUUAGAAGCUUGACAUGGAACACAUUGUUUUCUUUCUCAAAACGAUUUAAUUUUAGUUACGUUUAAUUAAAGUAACACAGAGUUUACGAGGAAGUCGGGGACUGAAAAGGCAAAAUUGAAUUUCACAGAUACAUUAAAGGAUGUCCAACGUUGAAGUUCUUCACGAGAAACGUUCUGGAGCUAAGAUACCCCGGAAAACCAAUUUGUAAAACAAUUGUUCUGAGUGUGCAACGGCAGUGUCCUGACCCAACUGUGCUAUGUAAAAUAUAAACUUUACAACAAUUACGAAUCAAGAUGUUACUUCCUAUAUUGAUCACUUUUGAUGGCCAGGAUUUUAGCGCGCAGGGCGUCUUAAUGUGGGGAAGAAACCCCAACUGUGCGACAGUUCAUCUGAAAGAAAAAGAAAGUAAGUGUAUACUACUGUAUGCAUGGAAAAACCCACAGUGCAGUGUGACAAAGAUCCUUAAUAAAAUCAGCUUGUUAUAUGUUGUCAAGGGAUGAUAUGUAUGUUUAUGGUCAACACUUAAUAAGUGUAAGUUGAGAUGACUCAUUAUAGAAUGAAUUGUCGUGUGGCUCUCGAUUAUUUUUGACGUCACAUUUACUACCUUAUUUACGAUCAUAAGAAAUACGAAAUCAAUAUUAUUUUCAGAGUAAAGAUUGAAAAAACUGAUUCUUGGCAUAUUGUGAAAUAGUUUCACAGGCAGCAUCAUAUAGUGUUGUCAAAAAUAAACAGAAUUUAAAUCAUAUGUUGAUAAAUAUCAAAUAGUUUAAAAGUUAAUAAACCUAAUUAUUCAAGCUAAAAGUUUAUAUUCAAUCAGCAAUGUUAUAGAUUGUGAAACUUUAACUUCCAUGUAUGACUGACUUUUAUAGAAAUGUAUUAAUGUACAAAUGUGAUGUUUGAAGUCUUGCCCAUGAGUUGUAAAUGCUUUUUGAUUUUAUAGAUAUUUAAAACAAAUGUUUGUUCUAUCUUUCGUGUUUGGUCUUUACUCUGAGAUUGUGCAUCAAAAACGUGCAGUGGAGGAUUCGGGAUGGAUUUGGUGAUGGUUAUAACAUAAUGCGUUAAGCGUUUCUGUGAAUUUUACUGAUUUAGGAUUUAUCUAUUUUGUACAAUUCACUUCUGAAUUGCCUCUCGUGAAUCUUUAUAGAAAUAAAGGUUUGAACUUGUUUCACACAAAAAUGAAUAUGUCUUUCCUUAUGCACUGGUGACAUGUCGAAAUCAAUGCAGGUCAAUAGGUCACAAUAUUCCAAUAUCUGGAGGACAAGGUCUCAUUCUUGUCCUUAUAUGUGUGUGAAAGGACUAGGGGCGUAAAGGGUCAUUUCCGGAAUCAUCUGAGUUUUAGAAAUAGUUGUUAUAUUCGUAAUCUAGAAUAAAUGAAGUACGCAAAUAUAAAGUUUCAAAAUCAUACGACAACUGGUUUAGGAGAUAUGGCAUUACAAAGAGAGACAUAAGCAAGCAUUUUGCGCGUUUGGUUGAAAUUUUGCCAUUUGGAAGGAAAUUAACAAAAUACUCUUCAAUUUUUGGAAGCCUCCGCAUGCUCCAAACAAUAAAUAUCUGACAUGCUUAAACAUCGGCACACCAGUGUUUACUCAUCGAAAGGAAUGUCACAUGCGGAGGGUUUCAUUUUUGCAUGCUAACUGUCAUAAACACCAUAUUUUGGCUAUUUCUGCAUACAUGUAGCAACACAUUUUUUUGCUAUGGUAGGCCAUCUACGCAUGCGCUUUGAAAAAAAUCAGCACAAAGAAAGCUAGCCCCAAUUAACCAAUAUGAUGUUUAUAAUGUUUUGGUAUUUUGCUAAUAUUAUAUUGGGAGGUAAACGAUCAAUAUCAGCAGAAAAAUAUACAUACUUUAAAUAUUUUAGAGUCAAAUGGAGUUCUGAUUAAAUUCCCUCUCCAAACUAGUGUUUGUUUUGAUAAAAUAGACUUUUUUGAAAAUGAUAUCAAAAAAGAUAUCCUCGCACGGCACUUAAAUCUUCUUACAUUUAAAUUGUCAAUGUAACGAUAAUCAGCAGCCAAAAAACAUGUUGUACAGUUAAAUUGUCAUAAAAGUAUCAUCAAGUGAAAACUGCAUACUUAAAAAUAAUUCUUUAAAUAGCAUGACAGUUUAUUGGGACGUUUUGCUACAAGUGUCCCGUUUUGGGUACUGUUACGUUUUGGGUACCGUCCUGUUUUGGGUACUGUCCUGUUUUGAGUACUGUCCCGUUUUGGGUACUGUCCCGUUUUGGGUACUGUCCUGUUUUG